AGAAUAUUGACAUGUUGCUUUGUCUUUCAACAGGGGCAUACAUUGUGUUGUACUGACUGCAGAUUCUUGGUACCAACAUGAGAGCUGGAGGUAGGUUUUGUUAUAGUAGCUACCUGUAUAUCUCACAUGUACUUUGGUCAGUGUAUGACACUUGUUUAUCUUGGCUAUUCUGUCAACAAACCAUAUUCUUAAUCACAGUAUAACAUAGCUAUGCCUAUAGCCUACUUGUUUAGUGUAUUAGGAUCCCCAUUAGCUACUGCACAUGCAGCAGCUGCUCUUCCUGGGGUCCACAUAAAAUGUACAAAUAAUGACAAAGUACAGAAUGGUAAUAGACAAGAACAACAUAAGAAAUUACAUUUAAUAUAGAAGUAAGAGUAUCAUCCAUGUUGUUGUUAGUUCUGUGUGUGCAGUCAAGGGCAAGGCGUGCUGCUUUGUUUUGAGCCAGCUGCAGCUUUGCUAGGUCUUUCUUUGCUGCACCUGACCAUAUUACCAGACAGUAAUCAAGAUGGCACAAGAUCAAAGCCUAGUACAGUUGAUCUUUGUGUCAAAAACGCAGACCAUACCACAACAUGCAUACUGUACCUCUCCCCAUCUUCACAACAACUUUGUAAAUGAUUUGACCAUGAUAACUGACCAUCCAAUGUUACUCCUAGGAGUUCAGCUUCUUCAACUUGUUCAAUUUGUAGCGGUAUUGUUAGAGGGUAAAGAUAAAGAUGUUUGUUUGGGCGCCAGGCAGGUAUUAACCCUGCCCAAAGGAAAAGGGUAGGAUAGAUGGAGUAUUGCUACCAGACACACAUCAGCAGAAAAAACUGCCUAGAGCAGGGGUGUCAAACUCAUUUUAGCUCAGGGGCCACAUGGAGGAAAAUCUAUUCCCAAGUGGGCCGGACCGGUAAAAUCAUUAUAUAUAUAUAUAUAUAUAUAUAUAUAUAUAUAUAUAUAUCUUAAAAACAACAACUUCAGAUUGUUUUCUUUGUUUUAAUACGAUCAACAUAAAACAUAAAGCUGGAGCCUGAGGACAGUGUGCCCAAAAUAGUACAAGCACAACAUCACUAUUAAUCAUAAAACACCAAGUUUAUUUGAAAAUUCUAAAGAAAAAAAACACACAAUGCCUCAGUGAUUCACAGAACUGUUUCACAGAUCACAGAACUAUAUCAAGGUGUAAUUUCUCAGGCAGAAAUGUAGAUAAAAAAUAAUGAAAUCCUGUUCCCCAGAGUCAAGAAAAACAAUUAAAAACAAUAGCACAUCAACAUAAAAACAUAUAAACAUAAAGCUGGAGCCUGAGGACAGUGUGUCCAAAAGCACAACAUCACUAUUCAUCAUAAAACACCUCAAGAGGGAGGGCCAUAAUAGUCCAGCGACACGGAAAAUCAAAGGGAGCGCAGUGGGGGGAAAAGAAAGUCUGCUGCAGUGUAAAGCACUGGAGCGAUAGAGGGAAAAUGAGAGAGGGGGGGUCUUAGCUGUUGACUUCAGGCUUGCAGUUGCACUGUCUGUCCGUCUGAUACACCUGUUGGUUUGUUUGUCAAAGCUUAGCAACACUGUUGCUACUAAUCCAUAACGAUCAAUGACAGGAGUGGGCCCUAAAGAUUCCAAACACGACCUAGAGCGUUAACACCGGCGAUCGACUUCAACACGUUUUACAAACUAAGCACGCUGAAAAUAAACAUGACUUCUGCAGAGAGUUGAACACACUGUCAACUGCCGCGUCAACUGAGAGCCCCCACACAGAGCCGGAAGAGCAGCCUUUUAUUUUUUCACUGCUGCGCUCUGAAAGUGGCAGCGUACGGUGAAGGUUCUGUGCAGGAUUUCGCCACAAAUGUUGACACCCUUUAUGCACAACUCCAGUUGAGGUUUAGGUCUAAGAGAAUGCUUUGAACCAAAUACAAUGCUUUCAGUUUUAGAUGUAUUUAAGACCAGAUUAUUGUUAAUUUCCCAUUCUGACACUGACUGUAACUCCUUGCUAAGAUUCUGUGAGCUCACUGGCUGUAGGUGCUGUUGUGUACAGUGUUCAAUCAUCAGCAUACAUAGUCAUUCUAGCUUCCUGUAAGACAAGUGGCAAAUCAUUUGAAAAAAUAAAGAGUGACGGCCCAAGGAAACUGCCCCGAGGGAUACCGCACUUUACAUAUCUGAUGUUAGAGUAGCUUCCAUUGAAGAACACACUGGGUUCUAUUGGAUAAGUAACUCUCCAACCAUGUGAUGGCAGGUGAUGUAAAGCCAUACAAAGUUAGUUUUUUUCCAAUAACAAAUGAUGAUCAGUAACAUCAAAGGCUGCACUGAAACAUAACAAUACAGCUCCAACUAUCAUCUUAUUAUCCAUUUAUUUUAGCCAGUCAUGAGUCAGUGCAGUACACGUUGAGUGCCCUUCCCUACUGAAAGUCAGUGGUUAAGUUGUUAUUUAAAAAAUAGCAUUGCAUUUGUUCAAAACACAAUUCUCUCCAUCAGUUUACUAAGAACAGGCAGCAAACUGAUUGGGCGGCCGUUGGAGCCAGCAAAGGGUGCUUUACUAUUUUUAGGUAGUGGAAUUACUUUAGCUUUCUUCAACACCUGUGGACACUCCUUUAGGCUUUGGUUAAAAACAUGGCAAAUUGGGGUGGUAAUACAGUCUGCUACCAUUCUCAGUAGUUUCCCAUCUAGGUUGUCUAUACCUGGUGGCUUAUCAUUGAUGGAUAGUAACUGUUUUUCCACCUAUUCCACACACUUGACCAAAUUCAAACCGGCAAUCCUUCUUUCAUUUAUUAGAUCUUCAAUACACAUGAAGGUUCACUGUUCAAUAUUUGUCCGCUUGACCGAUGAAAUAGUCAUUGAAAUGAUUGGCUAUAUCAAAAGGUGUUGUUAUAAAUGGCCCAUCAACUUCAAUGAACGAUGGAGAUUUAAUUGGGUUUUCUGUCUAUAAUAUCACUUAAGGUGAUCCAAAGUAUUUUCCCCAUUGUUUUUUUUAUGUGAUUUAUCUUGUUUUAGUAAUACAAUUUCUUAUUUUUUGUGUGUAAAAUUGUCACCAGAUUUCUCAGUUGACAGUGUCAACCAAUCAGCUGGACUUGUUUUCCACCUCUUGCAGCAUUUCUUUGAACCAUAACAUUUUAAUGAAUCGUCUAUCCAGGGGGCUCUAACAGUUCUCACAAUUAACUUCUUAACAGGCGCAUGCUUGUGCUACAUCUGGAUUCUCCUCCUUAUACACAUCAGACCAACAUAAUUGUCCUGAGAACAUUUUGUAUGAUUUCUUAUAAAUAACUUUAGGCCCUGCCUUUGGUACUUUUGGCUUUCCUUGUUAUUGCCACAAUGUUAUGGUCACUACAGCCAAUGGGAACAUAUAUUGCUUUGGAGCAAAGCUCUGCAGCAUUGGUGAAGAUAUGAUCAAUACAACUGGAUGUCACAGAUCCAACACUAUUGGUGUACACUCUAAUUGGUUGCGUGAUAACCUGGGUCAUAUUACAGGCAUUAGUCACAGUAAGAAACUUCCUCAUGAGAGGAUAACUAGAUGAUAACCAGUCAAUGUUCAGGUCACCAAGAAAAUGCAUCAGAGACAUUACAUUUACAUUUAGUCAUUUAGCAGACGCUCUUAUCCAGAGCGACUUACAGUUAGUGAAUACAUAUUUUUUUUUAUACUGGCCCCCGUGGGAAACGAACCCACAACCCUGGCGUUGCAAACGCCAUGCUCUAUCAACUGAGCUACAUCCCUGCCGGCCAUUCCCUCCCCUACACUGGACAACGCUAGGCCAAUUGUGCGCCGCCCAUGAGUCUCCCGGUCGCGGCCGGCUGCGACAGAGCCUGGAUUCGAACCAGGAUCUCUAGUGGCACAGUUAGCACUACGAUGCAGUGCCUUAGACCACUGCGCCACUCAGGAGAGACCUUAUCUAACAUCACACACAUAUUAGACAUGGUGUUAAAAUAGUGUUACAUUUUCUCUCUCUCCUUUCUCUCGCUGUGUUUGUCUAUUGAUCUAUCUCUCUCUCUCUUUUUCUCGGGUGUAUAUCUAUCUAUUUCUAUCGGUUUAAUUUCUUUCAGGCAUCUUGAAGUUUGCUGCAUUGGUUUCGGUCUUUUUCCUGGCAGUUUUCCUUGCCUUCCAGCUGCUGGAAAUUAAUAUGGACUUCAAUUUGGGGAGUGAGUUUGGUUACAGAUGUUUUCCAGUGUUGUAAUUGUGCAUAUCAAUCAAUUGUUUUGAAUACAUCGCUCAAUUAAUAGGAUUAAUAAUCUUCACAGGGGAUUCUAAAUUUAGGCCUCCUUCAGAAAAAACAUAUUGUCUGCAUAAGACACCCCUCUGGCUAAAGCCAAAUUCAUACACUACAAAGACGGAAGGUACGGAGGGUAGCGCAAUGUCGUUUUUCAUCACAAAAGGGGUGGCUCCCUGUAAUACAUUCCGGCAUUCGGGCGUACUUUUGUACUACCUGAAAGUUGAGACGCGCCAUAUCAUUCCUUCUGCAGCCGUGGGGCCAGUGUUGUCGCUUGGUCUUUUGGCUAUAUAGGCUAUUCAUCAAAGUAGCCUAUUUUGAAUUUGUAACCAAAUAUAAUCUCAGCGACUGUUUAAACAGUAAACCAAACAACAAGAAUCAACCCCCCCCCCCCCCCCCCCCCCCCCCCCCCCUUCCUUGCUUUCACAAAAUUAAAUUACAAAAAUAAAACACUUUGCCAUCGCCCCCUUGUGAGUGGGACUGGUGAGGAUAUCAUGUUACCAAAAAGUGUCUUCUGCUCCAAAAAUCCCACUCCAACCGAGUGAAGCUUGUAGUAACCUUUAAACAAAGGCUAUUGUUGUGCUACCCACAAAGGUUAACUUUGAAAUUGUAUAACUAGCUUCGUAUUCCGUUUCAACUCAUUGGGAGUGAGGGUUGAGUUGUCUGUAGACUGAGAACUUGUGGUUUUGUGCAAAGCUCAAUGUUUUAACUUAAAUAAGGAACUAAUGUCAUAAAGAUAUCUGAGAAACUCGAGUCUAACUUGUCGGUUUCUUUCCCUCCAACAGGGUCUAUGCCUGUAGAGGAAAGCUGUAAGUAUACUUCAAUAACGUCUCCUAUCACCACAUCUCUUUAGCGUACUUUUUGAUUCCAUCAAUCAAUCAAGUUACAUUUCUUAUCUUUUUCCUCCCAAUGGUAUUUGAAAAUCAAGGAUGAUCUCUUUAUUUUAGACCCAAGUCACCCCCUGUACCUGGACUUUGAAUUACUCCCCUCUGGGCGUAGGUAUAGGGCACCCCUCAGCAGGAAAAAUAGAACGAGACAAUCAUUUGUGCCAGGUGUGAUAUCCCUCUUAAAUAGCUCGGGCAAAUGUUCCCAUUGACCCCGUAAGGCCAGCAGGCUAGUCUUUGUUUUAAAUGUUUUAAAUGUUUUAUUUCUUAUUUCUUACUUUUAUUGGUGCGUGACUGUUAUUGAAAGUUGUAUUGUCAAUCUUGUUUUGUAUUUAACGCCACUUUAAAUGUGUACAUGACACUGCAACAAAAUUUCCCCAUGGGGACAAUAAAGUAAGUAAGUAAGUAAGUAACAAACCAUGGAAACACCUUACCAUGUAUGCUUAAGUGUUUGGAGCUAAGUAGUUAAUCUGUAUGUAUUGUACAGUUACCACCUGGCCUUUAUUGUGAGUGUGUUGGUUCUUUAGCUGCUGAGUCCUAUGUAAAUAGUCUGGUUUGUACUGUAGGUGUGUGAGAGCGAUUCAAGCUGUGUGUUUAGUAGUAGACUGUGUUUGCAGGGUCUAGAUAUGUACGUGUUCGCUGAUAUUUGGUGUGUGUUUGAUGGGGGGAGGGAAUGCAAAAGUGUAUAUUGGGGUGUGAAUUGGUAUUGUAAACUCUGCUUUUGGAAUUCCAUUCACAGCUACCAGAUUGGCCCGCUACAAGUGUGGCCUCUCCAAGCCAUGUCCCGAGGGACACUUCUCCUUUAAGAUGGCCAGCGGAGCAGCCAGUGUUGUGGGUCCCAAAAUCUGCCUGGAGGACAACAUGUAAGAGACAUGAUACGCCUAUAUUAACAGUACAACCAAAGACCCACCCCUUCUCAACCUAUAUUUACAAUACAACCAAAGAGUCAACACCUCUCAACCUAUAUGCAGCCCCCCCCCCUUUGCUGAUAACUUAUUUUAUUUAGAAAAAUAUACAGUACUUACUAUGACUUAUGUGGUUGUCACACCUAGCUAUCUUAAGAUGAAUGCACUAACUGUAAGUCGCUGUGGAUAAGAGCUGUCUGUUAAAUGACUAAAAUGUAAACAUCUAUUGCCAGGUAGAAAUCUAGAGUGUAGAGCUGACACACUAGGCUAUUCUACAACACAAUUAUCCAUGUCUGUUCUACAGGAUACAUUUCUGGUCUUAUUUUAUAGAUUCCUAGUUCAUACCUGUAUGCUAGUCUGUAUCUUGUAGCUGAGGUGGGGAUGAAUUAAAUUAAAACAAGCAACCUGUUGAUAAGACUAUCAAUUUCGAUUCAACUGUUAACCCUCUAUUCAAUCAACUGUUGACUCUUGUGGCGUCUUGCAGCCGUGUUAUCAAAAUACAUUUCCUCAAGCGUUGCAGCAAGGGAAUCAAGUCCGGUUAGGAAGAAGGAUUUUUUUAUUUUUGAUCUUUCCCAAUAUGUUGACACGGUGUCUGCUAUACGACCAGGGUGUGACAAGUCUCAGUAUAGUGGUGAAGAAAGACGACAAGGAUGGGACUAACCUAACCACAAGGUUCACAAUCAAAUUAUGCUCCAUUUGUCCUUUCAGAUUGAUGAGUGGCGUCAAGAACAACGUGGGCAGAGGAAUUAACAUCGCUCUGGUUAACGGUAAACCAGCCUUGUCACUACUACAUACCAUAGACAAACAGUACUUCUCCUUGUAUUCAAAUCGGUUGUUUUGCAUGUUUACAUUUGUGAGAAAUAUGACAAUUGAAAAUGACAUCUGGUAUGUGGAACAUUUACUUUGUUCAGGGGUUGGCAGCUCGAGUCCUUUUGAGGGUGUGUAGAAUGCGUAGAUAGCUGUUAGUGCUGGGCUGGAACAAAAGCCUGCAUACAACAUGGCGCUCCAGGAGUGUAGUUGCCCAUCCCUGCCUUGGUUAACUACUGCAAUGCUAACCGGUCCAUACCACUGUUCAUAUACAGUGAGUGUACAAAACAUGAAGAACACCUUCCUAAUAUUGAGUUGCACCCUCUUUUGCCCUCAGAACAGCCUCAAUUUGUUGGGACAUGGACUCUACAGUGUCGAAAGCGUUCCGCAGGGGAUGCUGGCCCAUGUUGACUCCAAUGUGUCCUACAGUUGUCAAGUUGGCUGGAUGUCCUUUGGGUGGAGGACCAUUCUUGAUACACACAGGAAACUGUUGAGAAUGAAAAACCCAGCAGGGUACUACCAUACCCCAAUUAAAGGCACUAUUUUCUCUUGCCGAUUCAUCCCCUGAAUGGCACACAUACACAAUCCAUGUCUCAAUGCUUAAAAAUCCAUCUUUAACCUGUCUCCUCCCAUUCAUCUACACUGAUUUGAAGUGGAGUUAACAAGUGACACCAAUAAGGGAUCAUAGCGUUCACCUGGAUAGUCUGUCAUUGAAAGAGCAGGUGUUCUUAAUGUUUUGUACACUCAAUGUAUACAGUACUUUCCAUUGUCAUUGAAUGUACUAGUAUUCAUGAUAGGAGUUAGCUUGUGAGCAUACAUUAGCUUGUCAUGAACAAAAGUUGUUUGUUCUCCACAGGAAAGACAGGGGACCUCAUCAAGACCGACUCCUUUGACAUGUGGGCGGGAGGUGAGGCCUUUGUUUCAGUCAGAUUUCCUGUGUCGUGUUCGUUUCAUGGUGUGUCUCUGGACUAGGCAGGCGGACUAGUCAAACCAGUGUUCCUGUGAUUUGUGUGUGACCUUUUGCAGAUGUCAAAACGCUCAUCACAUUCCUGAAGACUAUCGAGGAAGGAACCGUAGUGAUGAUGGCCACAUUUGACGAUUCGUCCACAAAGUAGGUGUUCGGAACUGGAAUAAAAAAUAAAAAUGCAGCAUUUAACUUCUCCAUUAACUCUUAGAUGAUCAUUUUAAGAUUUGGCAAAUACUUCAGUUAAGUGUCUGGAUCAAUCUGUUUCAGUCCUCCAGGGACUGAAUUUAACCCUUCUAGAAUUGACGAAUGACUGUCACUUGAAUACACCCCUGACUGCAGUGAAGGCUAAAUGAAUUUCACCCUAACUGCUGAUAUUAAAGGAGUAGUUACACCAAUGACUGUUGAUGUAUAACAUUAGUGACUAAGAUAAAAGGUUCACGCAAAGGAAAGGGUGGAGACAUUUAAGUGUCUAGUCUACAGACUGUCUCAAUGACAUUCUAGCUGUGUAUUCACUAGAAAACGGACCAAAACGGGGAGGGACUACCUGAACUUGUCCAAUAAGAAAUGUUAAUUUUGUUGCAAAACAUUUUCUGUUGCAAAAUGUUUCGCUACGGUGUGCACAAAUGAAUACGACCCUGCUUUGUGGUCCUCAGGCUGAACGACGAGUCCAAGAAGAUGAUUGGUGAACUGGGCAGUUCCAGCAUCAACACAUUGGGCUUCAGGGACAACUGGAUCUUUGUGGGGGGCAAAGGGAUUAAGACCAAGAGUCCCUUUGAGCAGGUAACUUCAACCCCCCCCUCCUUAAAUCUGUAUCCUCAACAUGGUCUGUUCACAUGGAACUAAUUCACCUCUCCCCGUUGAAAUAUCAUGGCUUCAGUGGAGCACAACCGACAGAAUAUAGUAUCUAGAACACACAAUUUAUCAUACACGUCAACUAUGACUGAGAUUUCUUCCAGAAAAUCACAUUGUAGGAUUUUUAAUGAAUUUAUUUGCAAAUUAUAGUGGAAAAUAAGUAUUUGGUCAAUAACAAAAGUUUCUCAAUACUUUGUUAUAUACCCUUUGUUGGCAAUGACACAGGUCAAACGUUUUCUGUAAGUCUUCACAAGGUUUUCACACACUGUUGCUGGUAUUUUGGCCCAUUCCUCUAGAGCAGUGAUGUUUUGGGGCUGUCGCUGGGCAACAGACUUUCAACUCCCUCCAAAGAUUUUCUAUGGGGUUGAGAUCUGGAGACUGGCUACGCCACUCCAGGACCUUGAAAUGCUUCUUAUGAAGCCACUCCUUCGUUGCCCGGGCGGUGUGUUUGGGAUCAUUGUCAUGCUGAAAGAUCCAGCCACGUUUCAUCUUCAAUGCCCUUGCUGAUGGAAGGAGGUCUUCACUCAAAAUCUCACGAUACAUGGCCCCAUUCAUUCUUUCCUUUACACGGAUCAGUCGUCCUGGUCCCUUUGCAGAAAAACAGCCCCAAAGCAUGAUGUUUCCGACCCCCAUGCUUCACAGUAGGUAUGGUGUUCUUUGGAUGCAACUCAGCAUUCUUUGUCCUCCAAACACGACGAGUUGAGUUUUUACCAAAAAGUUAUAUUUUGGUUUCAUCUGACCAUAUGACAUUCUCCCAAUCCUCUUCUGGAUCAUCCAAAUGCACUCUAGCAAACUUCAGAUGGGCCUGGACAUGUACUGGCUUAAGCAGGGGGACACGUCUGGCACUGCAGGAUUUGAGUCCCUGGCGGCGUAGUGUGUUACUGAUGGUAGGCUUUGUUACUUUGGUCCCAGCUCUCUGCAGGUCAUUCACUAGGUCCCCCUGUGUGGUUCUGGGAUUUUUGCUCACCGUUCUUGUGAUCAUUUUGACCCCACGGGGUGAGAUCUUGCGUGGAGCCCCAGAUCGAGGGAGAUUAUCAGUGGACUUGUAUGUCUUCCAUUUCCUAAUAAUUGCUCCCACAGUUGAUUUCUUCAAACCAAGCUGCUUACCUAUUGCAGAUUCAGUCUUCCCAGCCUGGUGCAGGUCUACUAUUUUGUUUCUGGUGUCCUUUGACAGCUCUUUAGUCUUGGCCAUAGUGGAGUUUGGAGUGUGACUGUUUGAGGUUGUGGACAGGUGUCUUUUAUACUGAUAACAAGUUCAAACAGGUGCCAUUAAUACAGGUAACGAGUGGAGGACAGAGGAGCCUCUUAAAGAAGAAGUUACAGGUCUGUGAGAGCCAGAAAUCUUGCUUGUUUGUAGGUAACCAAAUACUUUGUAGCUCUGUAGCUCAGCUGGUAGAGCACGGCGCUUGUAACGCCAAGGUAGUGGGUUCGAUCCCCGGGACCACCCAUACGUAAAAAUGUAUGCACGCAUGACUGUAAGUCGCUUUGGAUAAAAGCGUCUGCUAAAUGGCAUAUUAUUAUUAUUAUUUUAUUAUUAUUAUUAUUAUUAUUAUAUUAUUAUUAUUAUUAUUAUUUAUUAUUACUUAUUUUCCACCAUAAUUUGCAAAUAAAUUCAUAAAAAAUCCUACAAUGUGAUUCUCUGGAGAAUUUUUUUUCUCAAUUUGUCUGUCAUAGUUGACGUGUACCUAUGAAAAUUACAGGCCUCAACAUUUUAAGUGGGAGAACUUGCACAAUUGGUGGCUGACUAAAUACUUUUUUCCCCCCACUGUUUUGGAGUCAAUACCACAACAUCCAACUUCGGAUGCAGAUCAUACAAGUUAUCGUCUACAACCCUCAAACUCAACUCUGGUUCCACUGCAUUUUUUCAUUGUUCCCCUCUAAUCAGGGACUGAUUUAGACUCGACACCAGGUAUGUGCAAUUAAUUAUCAGGUAGAACAGAAAACCAGCAGGCUCCGGACCUCGAAGGGUAAGAGUUGAGCACCUCUGGUCUACAACGUUGCCAAUAAUAAUAAUAAUAAUAAUAAUAAUAAUAAUAAUAAUAUGCCAUUUAGCAGACGCUUUUAUCCAAAGCGACUUACAGUCAUGCGUGCAUACAUUUUGUGUAUGGGUGGUCCCGGGGAUCGAACCCACUACCUUGGCGUUACAAGCGCCGUGCUCUACCAGCUGAGCUACAGAGGACCAAUGUCAUCAAAGGAUUGAUUACCUAGCGAGGCAAGGUAAAAUAUCCCGAAUAGUCUACUUGUUGAGCAUAGCUAUAGCCAUCAGUCUGGUGUUCAUGGUCAUCACUCACUGUUCAGUUUGUCAAGGUCCCAACAUCAGCAUAUAACUAACCUGCUACAGGGCUAUUUGACGCAAGAAUGCUCGUGUGCAUCACUGGAACGUGACGUUUGUAAAGAGAACAUUUGUAAGAUAUGUAAAACACAGCCACUCCAUGAUUUUGUUUUCGUUCUUUAUAGUUCUGAACUAUUGAUUUCAUUACCUUAGUUUCACCAGAGAAGGCGAUUUUAGAACACAUUGUCCUUUACAUUGACACCUGACCCUUGAACAUGUUGCCCCUGAGUGUAUAGGCACUCCUUCAAUAUUGACUUUCCAUUCUCCCUUAUGUGUUCUUGUGACACUGUUUGUGAUAGCUGUGGCGGUACACACACAGCCUUAUCAGACGAGGGGCCAGGCAUUGUGCUUCCCAAAUGGCACCCUUAUCCCUUUAUAGUGCAUUAAACACUUCCACUAUAUCGGGAAUAGGGUGCCAUUUGAGAUGCAGGCAUGGGGUCUAAUCCAAAACCUCUCUCUUUCUGCCUCUACAGCACAUAAAGAACAACGCCGGCACCAACAAAUACGAGGGCUGGCCCGAGGUGCUGGAGAUGGAAGGCUGCAUACCCCAAAGACAGGAGUGAUCUUUGAACUUUAACCCUCAAUCGGCCAACUCCCGUUCCCUUCAUAUUCGACCCCUUCAUGCCUUUGGCUGUGUCUCUCAUUCUUCUCUUAAAAUAGUGUACUUGCACCUUUCCUAUGAUGGCUCUAACAAUGGUGGAACCUCCCUCCACCCAAUGUUAACACCAACACAGCCUUUGCAUUUUAGAGACUGUCCCUCUGCGUUGCAGCUGUCAAUGUUCUCAGCAAUCGGUGUUUGACAUCAGGGGGCGUCCUUGUAUCUUCCUGUGUUUGUUUAUGUCAAGGUAUUGUCUAUUUAUGGAAAGAGGAAUGGAAGGGGAGCUGGUUUGGCAGAAACUCCUGUUAUUGGUUAUUCAGCAGAAUGUACCAAGGUCACUGUGAUAUUUGUAAAUAGAACUACAAAAAAAUUAACAAACUUUUGAACAUCCAUAUUGUAAUAAUAUAAAAUAUUGGAAAGCUAUAUGGCUUGUUAAGAUCCUUGUUACUGAAGAGUGAAUUUAUAUUAUAGCUUUUUUAUCUUUAGUGAUUGGUCUUUUUUAAAUCAUUAAUUUUUGUGUGGGUUGGGAGUGGAAUGAAUGAGAAGCGUGUAGCUAAAGCGUGCGAGUGGAGAGUUUGUAUUUUGUGUGCAUCUUCCUUGGAUAGAAUGGGAAUCGUUGGUUUUGGAUGGGGGUCAUGUACGUAAGUGUUUCAGUAAAAAUCUAUAGAUAUUUUUGAGGGAAAUAUUUAGCUGAUUGUUAAACAAAACAAUUGGAUUUGUAUUUGCACCUUGACAGCCUUGGAAAAACCAUUCAAGAAAUAGUACAUUACAAAGAUGACUAGGUUUUGAUUUUGCGGCCCCUAGAUCUUACUUGAAUAUGUAUCCAGUAUCUCUGGUUUACUUUAAAGACUACUAACUCUCUGCAUCUCAUAUCUCUUCCACUUGACUCUCCUAAAGGGUUGAUUACGUCAUUGCGACUGAUUAUUUUUUUAUAUGAUACAAAAACUGCCUAGGCUGACGCUCUUACCUUUUUUAGCUGUGUUACUGCUUGCUUUUGUAACAUUGCAUCAUAUCCCCACUGGAUCUUCUUCAAUGAGCUGUCUCGGUACACUACCACUGUACAUUAGCCUUGGUCAUAUUAGCUCCAAUUCAACCCAGCUGUCAUUUUGUCACACUUGAAAUGGAGUAAACUACACACUCACGUGCAAUAGUCCGUUGGAUUAUUCAAUGGAUUGAUUCAUGUUCUGUGUGUGAAGUUGAAUCCAUUGGGAGAUUAUUGCAUAUGCAAUUAUGUCCUCUCAUGCACUUUGUAACUAUGGUAACACCCAGUGCUAAAAAUGGCACACGUUUAGGAGUGUAAUGUUGACCUCUCCUGUUGACCAAAACCUCGGUCCCCUAGUUGGUUCAAAGCACAACACGGUCUGUUUUUGGUCAAAUGGCAGAUAUACAAUCCUGGUUCCAAUUUUGUUUGCGUUUAGGGCAGUACAUGUAACCUAACACAAUGUGAUUGUACAGGCUAAUCUGAAACAGUUCCCCCAGCCACUUUUCUGUGGAGUCAUUGAAAUGAAGGAUUUUGCCUUGACAUUGGCAGGAUAUUUUUACACAAUGAAUUGCAUCCUCCACAUUGCAUUAAAAAAAAUAUAUGUCUUGUGGUGUUCUUUGGUUUCAUUUGAAGACGUUGAGUGAAGUGAAAUGGCCAAGUCGAAACUCCAUCAAUGCCAUUCCAAAAAAAGGUUUGCCCUUCCUACUCUUAAUGGAAUUCAGUGCCUUGUCUGACUUACAAAUCCAUACUGUCUAUGUAAUAUUCCCUAUUUCUGCAUCUCCACUAAACUAAUGAUUCGUUAAUCAUACACAUCAUAUUGUUGUUGCAAGGGAGUUAAAUGGAAAACUAUUAUUAUAAUUGACUGAUUUGUUGCAAUGUCCUACAUCUGUGUCGUGAAACAUUUCAAACAACUUACCAUUCAUGAGAA